CCCUGUACACACUUGCGGCGCGUCCUUUAAUUUUGCGGAGCAACAUGACAGUGUCUUGGACAGAUGAGUUAAACGAAGAUUCAGAAUUGCCCCCUAUUGAAGAAAAGUUCGAUUCGGAACGUAACAUUAAAACUGUCGUACGAUAUUUCUUCAAUGAAGACGGUGAUUUGAUCAAGGAAACUAAAGAAUACCAAAGAGAAAAACGUGUUGUUGCUUCACGAGUAGCGGACAGAAAAAAGUGGAAAAAGUUUGGUGCUUCAAAAUCUGAUCCGUCUGGUGGAAAUUUAGCCAAUACUUACCCAGCCGAUGUAGUUACCAUGCAAAUUGUUCAAUCGAGACAGCCUGAACAAGAGCAAAAGAGACAGGAAGAGAUGAAUGUGAAAACCAAAAUUGGAGAACCUGUGAUUGUUUGUAAUUAUUGUAAAGGUGGACAUUUCACUCGUACUUGCCCGUACAAAAGUGAUAUGGAAGCAAUGCAGUUGUUACAAGAACAACUUCGUGCUAAAACGGAACCUACAGAAGAAACAGCUAAAGAAUUACAAAACGAUCGUUCUGGACGUUAUAUACCACCAUCAUUACGUGGUGAUGCAGCCAAUACUAGUGGGUCCAGUAUGUCAACGGAUAAACGUCCAUUUGAUGAAAACACUGUACGUGUUACUAAUUUACCACCGGAUACAACUGCAGAUGAAUUGAAAUCAGUGUUCAGUGCAUUUGGUCACGUAAUGCGCAUCUAUCCAGCAAAGGAUAAAUUGACACAACAAAACAGGGGAUUUGCCUUUAUAUCCUUCAGAACUGCGGAAGAGGCGAAAAGUGCAAUUUAUGGUGUCAAUGGUCUUAGACAUAACCAUGUUGUUUUAAAAGUCGAUUGGGCAAAACCUUCAAAUAAUUAAAGCUUUCGAAUAAGCAUCGAUAUCUCACUCCUGUUUCACCUACGUCAAUUGUUAAGAAAUAUAUAUAUAUUUGCAGACUCAAUUGAUAAUAAACGAGUUGCACUGAAUGAAUUCUUAAUUUUCAAUAUUUUGUUCGUUUUGAUCUAUGAAAAUUAAUCAACCAAACAUCUUAUAUAUGUAUCGAUCAAUCUAAUCUGCAUAUUGUUGUUUAUAGUAUCCUCUGUUAUCGUACUUUUUAUUCGAUAGGGAUUUCAAUAUUAGCUGCAAUUUCAAUGUUCAUUAUAGGUGAAUGAUUAUGAUAGUUCAUUCUUACAAAUAAAAGAUUUGAUUUGUAUCAAGGAGCAUAUAUUUUCU